AUGGACUCCGAAAUUAUGGAAGGUGAGAAUGGGAAGAAGGGUAAUAUCAGAUCCAAAGAGAAUGACAUUGAAGGAGAAGUCGGCAGCUGGAGGCUGAGCAAAUUUGCUUUAGAAAAAGCGCAUGCAGAGACAAUGGAGGAGAAUAGUGAGAAUUCUGUUGAUAUCGCAGGUGAAGGAAAGAGUGAACAAUUAAUGGAAAUUGUCGUAUCCAAUCGAGUAAAUUUGGGCAGUCAAGUCGUAGGGGACAAGUCGGUAAAGCUGAAUGAAGCUAUAUCUGGAGAGGGAGAAAAAGAAGUACAAGAUGAAACUAAUAGCAAGUUUGUGGAAAUCGUGGACUUUAAUCAUAACGAAGUCGCUCCAUUUGUAGAAGAGGAGGAUAAUUUUGUUGUUGGGCCCGCCCUGUUGUGUGAGAUUGAAGUCAGUCCUGAAGAAACCGUAGCCCAGAAUCAUUUUGUGUUGAGCGAGAACUGGAAACAAAUUGAAAGUCCUUUAGUGGAAGUUGCGAAAAUCGAGAACCAUAACAAAGUGAAGUCGACUGACAAUGCGCCAGUAGGAGUGGUUACAGAAGCCUUGGAAGAAGUUUACACAAAGCUGCAGUUGUGA